AAUCCGCGUGUCAGUGUCAUCUUUCUUAUGCAAAGUAGCUGUCUUUGAAGGCGGAUCUUUUGGCAGGUUAGACCGGGACUGAGGCUCCGACCAGCUCAGACUAAGGAGCGCAGCCACCAAACGCAUCCACUGCUGCCCACGGGAGGAGCAUGAUCCUACAACACUGGGACACAUCAACUGCUACCACUGCGGAUAUCUGGUGGAUUUUAUUCCAGUGGCUGAAUAACUGCUUGUAAACAACCAUCCCUUCAGCGCAAAAAACAGGAAAGGAGGAAAAAAAAAAAAAAAAACCUUUUGGCUCUUUUCCGCGCAACUUGAACGCGCAAAGACUGUAAGCGCAUUGCUUCAUACACUUUCGGAAAAGUGUCAUGAAACGUGAGGACGGACAAAUCUGCGGUUUGGACACGAGUGGGGAACAAAUCGGAGCGCAUAAAUCCCCAAACCAGUUUACUCACAUGGACUGAGAUGCACGGUGCAGGACAGUGAAGUAGAUCCGACUCCUCUGCCUCAAACUGAGAAAGCAUGGACCUGAAUGAGCUCCACUUCCACCGACAAAACCUUUCCGGACCAUCGCGGGAUUUCUGUUUUUACUAAAGUAUCCAAACGCAAACGGAGAAACGAUGGUCCUGUAAGAGAUAGUUGUGUAAGUUUCCCCACAUUGACCUUCUGCACAGACCCAGCCUGUUCCCACUGCAGACUCUACUUUUGCAUUAGUCUACACAAACUUGUUCAUUGUGGUUGAGAUCAUUUAGUCUAACCUUUAUUUAACUCAAGAGGGGAGAAUGUGUCCAGCUGCUAAACUGAGCCUCAUCUCUGUGCUGCUGGCGGUGUGGAGCGGACGGGGUUCAACUAUCAGCUCAAUAGAUCCAGACUGGUCAGGAGAAGGGAAAUGUCAACACAUCAGCAUCCCCCAGUGUAAAGACAUCGGCUACAACAUGACUCGCAUGCCAAAUCUUAUGGGCCAUGAUGACCAAAAAGAAGCAGCAAUAAAGCUGCAGGAGUUUGCAACUCUGAUACAGUUUGGAUGUCACAGUCACCUUAAAUUUUUUCUGUGCUCACUGUAUGCUCCCAUGUGCACAGAGCAAGUGUCAAACCCCAUCCCUGCAUGUAGAGUUAUGUGUGAGCAGGUCAAGCUCAAGUGCUCGCCCAUAUUAGAACAGUUUAACUUCCCAUGGCCUGACUCUCUGGACUGCUCCCGGCUGCCGACCAAAAAUGACCCCAACAACCUCUGCAUGGAGGCGCCCAACAACGGCUCUGAUGAGCCUCCCAAAGUCUCUCACACCCAGCCUCCAGAUUUCAGGCCACAGCGGCCUCUGAGUGGGCAGGAUAUGCACUUAAAGGACAGCAGCAGCAAACAGACAUGCAGCAACCCUGGCAAAUUCCACUAUGUAGAGAAGAGCGAAUCAUGUGCCCCCAAGUGCUACCCCAAAGUGGAUGUAUAUUGGAGUCAGGGAGACAAACAGUUCUCUCUGGUGUGGAUAGCCAUCUGGUCCAUCCUGUGCUUUGUCUCCAGCGCCUUCACUGUGCUCACUUUCCUCAUAGACCCACAGCGUUUCAAAUACCCAGAGAGACCGAUCAUCUUCUUGUCUAUGUCCUACUGUGUUUACUCUGUGGGCUACCUCAUCCGACUUUUUGUCGGAGCUGAUAGAAUUGCCUGUGAUCGAGACAAUGGCGUCCAGUAUAUCAUCCAGGAGGGUCUAGAGAGCACCGGCUGCACUAUUGUGUUCCUCAUCCUGUAUUAUUUUGGCAUGGCCAGCUCCCUCUGGUGGGUUAUCCUGACCCUCACAUGGUUCCUAGCAGCUGGGAAGAAGUGGGGUCAUGAGGCAAUUGAGGCCAACAGCAGCUACUUUCACCUGGCGGCGUGGGCCAUUCCGGCCGUGAAGACUAUCAUGAUAUUGGUGAUGAGGAAGGUAGCUGGGGAUGAGCUCACAGGCGUCUGCUAUGUAGGCAGCAUGGAUGUCAAAGCUCUGACCGGCUUUGUGCUCAUUCCACUCUCCUGCUACCUGAUUAUUGGCACUUCAUUCCUGCUAUCUGGCUUUGUAGCCCUAUUCCAUAUUCGUAAGAUUAUGAAGACAGAAGGAGAGAAUACAGACAAGCUGGAGAAGUUAAUGGUACGCAUCGGGGUCUUCUCCGUGCUCUACACCGUCCCCGCCACCUGCGUCAUUGCCUGCUACUUCUAUGAACGGCUCAACAUGGACUACUGGCGCAUCCUGGCAAAGGAGCAAAAAUGUGUGGACAGCAGCGGGCCGGAGUCGGACGAGUGCAUUAUGAAGACAUCCAUCCCUGCUGUUGAGAUCUUCAUGGUGAAGAUUUUCAUGCUGCUGGUGGUGGGCAUCACUAGUGGCAUGUGGAUCUGGACGUCAAAGACGCUGCAGUCAUGGCAGAAUGUGUUCAGCAGGAAGCUAAAGAAGAGGACACGGAGGAAGGCUGCCAGUGUGUUCACCAGCAGCAGGCCUUACAUCAAACCUCACCCAUCUCUCAAAGGGCACAGUACUAAGUAUGAGCCUACACGGCCACCCCCCACAUGUGUAUAAGCUGGCUCUAUCUGUAUGAACCCAAAUAUACUUGUAAAGCUCUUAACCUAAACAAGACUUUUUAAUCAGAGUACCAUGAAAAAAUAAGGUUCACGUUUUAUUUAUGCAAACUGCAUUCAAGAUAAUGCAGCAUGGGUUAUUUUUUUGUAUCUUGAGCCAUCUCAUGCAACAAGAGUUGCCUUUGUUUGAGAAAAAAUCUGCUACUCCUGGAUUCACUUAUCCUAUUGAGGGACUUGGUAGAGAAAAAAACUCUUAUUGUUCUCAAGACAAAAAGAGUGGAAUAAACCAUUUGGAUGUGCUAUGGGGUUACUUGAAUAAUGUGCAAUAGAUGUUUUCCUUACAGGCAAAAAAGACACUUGUACUGUUAGUGACAGAUUACAGACAAUGAAAGGACCCCACAGACAAUGGAGGCAAAUGGUCAGAGAGAUGAGUGCUGUGUUUGGAGGCUUUUUAAUGGAAAUUGAGGCAGUGUCAUAUAUGUUUGAACUGGAGUGAGAGCAGCUGUUGAAAGCGCUCAAGACCUUAUGAACUGCCCAUUGUGAGGCAAAUCCAUGCCAUAAAUUAAUCAAGCACUCAUUAUUGAAAAGUUAUUUGUACGUGCAGUUGAGUUUUCCAUUUUUCUUUGCUGUUUUAUAGCACAAGGAAACGUUUGUAUAUAUUUCUAAAACUUGAGAUUUUAUAGAAAAUUAAUAAAACGUUCUAGUUUUAAAUGUUUUUUUAAGCCGGGGUUGUGUAUUCU